UUUUUAUGCAAAAAAGGAUUGGUUCCUUUUUUUUUCUAAACAUAUUCAAACAUUUUGUAUUUGUGAGUAAUUCGCAACAAAAGAUGAUAGACACAAAUGUGUAUAGUAACGUAUGUUUUUGGAAUAUCAUAGCGCAUUUGUUCAAUAACUCACAAAUACGAAAUGUUUGAAUUUGUUUAGAAGAAAAAUUCCAGGAAGAAUCUUUUUAGUUUCGCCGGGCGGAACACGUGCCGGUCACAGCACUGUCACGUCACGGCUGAGUACGAAAAGGCCUUUAGACAAACUCAAAUUACUGCCGCCACUGGGAAUGCUUAAAUUAUUACAAAGUCUUGUAACG